AUGGAUUAUUAAUUACCAUCCUUAGCUGAUCCAUUCACUUGGGUUUCAUACACUAUUUUAGGCAUCUUAGUAGGUUUAUCAUAAGCUGGUGGUAUUGGUGGUGGACCAAUCAUAUCACCAGUCAUGAUGGUUUUGUUAGGAUGUCCAAGUAAAAAAGCAAUUUGGAAUACUUACAUAAUGCUUUUAGGAGGAAGUCUUGGCAAUUUCCUUAGAUUGGGCAAAGAAAGAGUAAUAAAUUUAUAUUUAUAUUGCUAUAGACUGCUAAUGGAAGUGCUCCAUUGAUUAAUUAUUAAUUAGUUCAAAUAACAUUACCAUUGUUAUUGGCUGGUGCAAUUCUGGGAGUAGCAACAGGUAAAUGGAUGCCAAAAUUAAUCAUUGUAAUCUUUCUGUUUGGUAUAUUAUUGACUGUCUUUCUAAAAACAAAGAGUUUAUACUUCAAAACUCGUAGUAAAGAAAUGAAUGACCAAUUAAUCCCAGUUGAACUAAAAGAAUUAACAAUAUAAAAAGAAAGUAAUCAUUCAAAAGAAUUGAAUAUUAUAAGAGAGAAAGAUUCAAGACUCUAUCCAAUCGAACCACUUACAGAAAUCAGUUUGACUAUUUUAAUCAUCAUUGUUGUGACACUAUUAAAAGGAUCAGGAGCAGUACCAUCUAUUCUAGGCAUUGAUUUUUGUGGCUAUGGUUAUCAUUUCUUUAAUUUUGCCAUUUUUGGAAUAGCCUUUUAUAAUGUUUAAAGAUAUAGAAAAUAUAUAUCAAAAGAUGAAGAAUAUAAAGAAUCUAUUGGUUAUGAUUUUGCAGAUGGUAAAAUGAGUUCUGUAUUUGAUAUUACUGUGAAAUCAAGUCUAUAUGCUGGUUUUUUAGGUGGACUUGUUGGAUUAGGAGGAGGUGUAGUAUUGACUCCACUUUGGUUAGAAACUGGAAUUAACCCUCCUAGAGCUGCUGCUUCUGCUACCUUCACAGUAUUAUUCACUUCAUCCAUAUCAGUAUUCAUUAUAGCUCUAUCAGGUGGCUAUUAAUUUUCUGAAUUUGUCAUUUUGGGAGUAAGAAUAUAAAUAUAUUAUUUUAGUUGGUUUCUAGUUUUGGCAGUUAUUUAGUUGCAGGAUUUCUUAAGAAAUUAGUGAAAAAAUAUAAAAGAGAAUCUAUAUUAAUCUAAGUGCUUCUAGGAGUUAUAGCAUUUGGAUUGAUUAUACUUCCUUUUCAAUCUAUAAAAGAUGUUUAUUAAAAUCCACUUGGUGCUAUUUAAUUUGGUCGUUUGUGUUGA